AUGGCGAUGGAUUACAAUGUCAAAGGUCGCAACAAACUCGUGGUAGGGGAGAGGAAAGGGCACGUGGAGGGGAAUCCGGGGGAGGUCGCUGGAGUGCGGUUACAGCAGUUAAAAGUAAGAGACGCCACUUCCCUCUGGGUGUCUGUGGUAUGUCUGUCCUUGUUUGGCGCCAUGUAUCUGUCUCACACAACAUGGAUGAGGUACCAGUCCUCGCCCACCGUGGUCUCCAUGGAGCGGGACAUGUUUGCUUGGAACACCACAUUUCCAGCUAUAACUAUAUGCAUCGAAAAUAAAGUUGAUGAAGGAAAACUUGAAAAUUAUAUUAGAAACUCGGAGGUGGCUGAUAAAUCGAACCUUCGAGAAUUCAUCAAUGCGCUGGCGAAUGCGUCGUUCCAAACUUUCGAGUCGCUGCCACGCUACCGGGCGGUGCCUGCCGACCAUUACAUGCGGCUGAUCCUUGAGCUUGCGCCGGACUUCAAGCCCGACAUUAACAUCGGCGCUGCUGGAGUCACUCUCGGCCCUGUGUCUACCAUUACUGAGAUGGGCCUUUGUUAUUCUUUCAACUCAAAAGUUGCUAUUUACAAUUCUCCCACAUUAAGUAUUGGUCAGCGGCGAUGUAGAUUUCCCCACGAGAAUAAUCUGAAGCACAACGCCAUCUACACGUACACCCUGUGCCGUAUGGAAUGCAGAAUUAAGUUAUGCCUCAAAUAUUGUGGAUGUGUUCCACAUUUUUAUAGAACAAUCCGCGAUGAAAAAACUUGUGAUAUCGACGGCUUGCAUUGUUUGGCAAAUUAUAAAGAUAUACUUUACAAACUGCGCGACGACUCCGGCAAGAAAGUAAGCUGUGAGUGCUACCCGAUUUGCGACGACAUCAACUAUGUUAUUCAAACAAGUGCACGUCAGGAGUGGUUCUUGGGCACAAAUUUACAAUGGGGUAUCGUUACCUACCCUCGCAUGAGGUACCGACGAGAUAUCAUCUUCGGUUUUACUGAUGUACUUGUGGCUGUGGGCGGCAUGGCGGGCCUCUUCCUGGGCUGUAGUGUGCUCAGCUUCACUGAGAUUGUAUACUUCCUCAGUUUGCGCCUGUACUGGUACUGCCGGGGUCGUUGA